CUCCCUCGGCCUCCGCGCACGGCAGGCGCGGCCGGGGCCAGGCGAGCUGCGCAGGGCGGCCGCGCGGCGCCCCCACGGCGGCAGCGAGGCGGUGGCGGGGACUGACUCGCCCACCCGCCCCGUCGAUGGGAAAGGAGGAGCCUGGGCCGGCGGUGCGCAGGCGAGGGGGGCGCUGGCAGGAACUUCGGCGGGGCUGAGUCUGCGGCGCCGGGACGGCAUCGAAGGAAGCCCCGGGCAGCCGGCGGCGGUGGCAGCAUACUGCAGAGACUUAUGUUUGUGGUCAGAGUUAAGGUGACAUCCAGCAUUUGGAGAGGAGGGCAUGGAGUGUGGGGGUGAUAGGCUGUGGAUGUGAAUGAGGUGCUGUCAUCCGUGAUGGCGUCAGCUCUACCCAGAACCCUUGGAGAAUUGCAGCUAUAUCGAAUACUACAAAAAGCAAAUCUCUUAUUCUACUUUGAUGCCUUCAUUCAGCAGGGUGGCGAUGAUGUCCAGCAGCUCUGUGAAGCAGGUGAAGAGGAGUUUUUGGAAAUCAUGGCUCUUGUAGGCAUGGCUAGCAAGCCGCUUCAUGUCCGAAGGCUGCAGAAGGCUUUGAGAGACUGGGUCACAAACCCUGGUCUUUUCAACCAACCUCUCACCUCCUUACCGGUUAGCAGCAUUCCAAUAUAUAAGCUGCCGGAAGGGUCUCCUGCAUGGCUGGGGAUAUCCUGCAGCAGUUACGAAAGGAACAGCAGCACCAGAGAGCCUCACCUGAAAAUUCCAAAAUGUGCAGCCACGACAUGCGUGCAAAGUGUGAGUGCAAGCAAAUCUGAUGUGGUGGGGAACUUAUCGCUGCAGAGCGGCAGCGAACCGAGGCUCUGGCAAGGACACCACACCACAGAGAGUGAACACAGCCUCUCCCCAGCUGACCUGGGCUCGCCAGCCUCGCCAAAAGAAAACAGUGAGACCCUGGAUGCUGCUGCUGCUCUCUCAGUUGCCGAAUGUGUAGAACGUAUGAUUCCCUCCCUGCCCAAAAGUGACUUGAAUGAAGUCAAGGAGUUACUGAAAACAAAUAAGAAACUGGCAAAGAUGAUUGGUCACAUCUUUGAGAUGAGUGACGAGGACCCUCACAAAGAGGAAGAGAUCAGGAAGUACAGUGCAAUAUAUGGCAGAUUUGACUCAAAAAGAAAGGAUGGCAAGCAUCUCACCCUCCAUGAGCUAACGGUGAAUGAAGCAGCCGCUCAGCUGUGCGUGAAAGAUAACGCGUUGUUGACCAGGAGAGAUGAACUCUUUGCGCUAGCUCGGCAGAUCUCUCGAGAAGUUACGUACAAGUACACUUACAGGACCACCAAAUCUAAAUGUGGAGAAAGGGAUGAGCUGUCACCGAAGAGAAUCAAGAUAGAGGAUGGUUAUCCUGAUUUCCAAGACACAGUACAGACACUCUACCAGCAAGACAAAAUGCCUCUUGCUUUGGCAAAAGGAAAGAGUGAAGACUCAACAGCUCUUAAUUCCCAGGUAAACCAACUACGCUACACCAUGAAUAAUACAGGCCAUGUCCUUUCAGAAAAGGUGAUGGCAAAACAGAUGGAGUUUCUUUGCAACCAGGCUGCAUUAGAGAGGCGUCUUUCCACGGGGUGUUACAGACAAAACUCAGAAGAGCAUAGCCCCAAUGGCAUGUCUUUAGAUAAUGCUGAUGGACAAGGUGAAAGACCACUGAAUCUCCGUGUGCCAAAUCUGCCAAGUAGGCAGUUGCAGCACAUUUCACUUGAUGGAGAGCAGCAUGUUGGAAAACCUCUGUGCAGUGAUUUGAUCCGGCUUUACCCCAGUGGUGAGGCCAAGUCCCAGUCCUCUGAAGGCCUUGGUAUUUUAAAGGAUUUUCCUCAUUCGGCUUUUAACAACAUGGAAAGGAAGGUCAUAAAAACAGAACCUGAAGACACAAGAUAGUCAUUCUGCUCUGGAAAAUGGUGUCGUAGUCAAGAACAAAACUUCACGGGAGAGAAAAAAAAAACAAAACGAAACAGCCUUAAUAACCAGUGUUGCCUCAUUCGAAAAAGAGAUUUCAAUAGCCAAAGCCUAAGAACUGGUACAGUAAAUCUGUGGAAGCAGGAAAGCAAGAGACACUGCGAACUAAAACAGUAAUACAGGUGGAUAAACCUUCCUGUAAAAGUGGUUUUAUAACGUGGGAAGAUUCACAAAUUAAUAUUGUGGGUCUUCAUUAUUUAAGAAUGUAUUAUGUAUUUGUAUAACUUAUCAAAGUAAAUCUAGAUGUCGGGACGUGUAUUGAGUCCAGUAGAUGUGGCUACAGUUCAUUUUACUUGAAAUUUCAAUGUCUUCUUUACGUGUACCUAGCUUAGAUAUGGUUGUUAAACAUUUGAAUUACAAAUCCUCGGAGAACUAGGAAUGCGAACCUUGUGACACAAGUAACAGCAAGUUUGCAACAAUGUUUGUAGAAAAAAGGAAAAUGCAUAAAAUAUUUCAUGGUUUAAAAUGUUAUGUUGGAUAUAGCAUUUGCUAGACCUAGACCCUGAUUCUGUAUUAUAGCAGAUGUACUUGACACUUCACUAUCGUUACAUCACUUGCAAUGGUUUCAGCAGCCUUUGUGUAACACCCUUGGAGCAUAAUACCUGCCUACAGUUCAGGAGCCUAGAAAAUGCCAGUUGAGAAUUUGGAAGAGUCCAUAAGAUUGCCUCCCGUUUCGUGGGGAAAAACUAUGGCUUGAUAUACUGUGCAAUUACUAAAACCUCGUUUGGUGGGAAACCCAAGAGACCAAGUAGCAUGGCAGGGCUGCAAAAAAUUGGGCUUCAGACCAUUAAAACUUUUUGGACUUCUCUGUGGAUCUUCAAAAAAGAAAAGCAUCCUAGAUAUGGCAAAGAUGAAAUACGAUGCACGAGUUAUGCAUCGGUGUAAAAGGUUGCGCUUGAUAUCCAGAAACCAUAAGAUCUUUUGGAGGAGAGAGACAAGGAGUUGUGCCUUUAGCACGUGACUCCUUAUUAAGUGCUGUCCAGCCCACAUGAUUCUAUGAAUAUACCGUAUACUGCAUACAGUACGCCAAUACGUUUCUUUAUAUAUGUGAUUAACAUCUGUACUCUUUAUUUAUUUGACAGUUUUUAUUUUUUGUACAUUUUCACUUUUGCAGAUGUCAACAUAUCUAAGAAGAAGUAGUAGGCAUGUAACUUGGGAAUUUACCAUGGUAUGUUUGUGUGCAUUCGCUUUCCCUCUGCGCAGUUUCCUCAAUAAGAGCUGCUUUCCUGCACUCAAAGUAGUUACGUGCCUCAGUUUCUGGAUACAGUUUUUGCCUACAACCUGUUCUGGAGGGGAGAGGCAGGGCUGAAGAGAGUGAGUUACGGUGCCAGUGGGUAAACUCCCUUAUUCAGGUGUGCACUUCAUGUCUGCAGUUUGCUCUAUGUCCUAGAUGUGUAUUAACGAUUCAGUCACGGUCCGUGUUGUACUGAAAAAUGUGAGCUGAAAUGUCUACACUGCAGUCUCUUAUCACUGUAAACAUAUCUAAUUAUUUUAUCACUUUUAAUUUGUGGAACAAAGAGCUUUAUAGUAGAAACACCAGUAAACAACUUUUUAUACUAUUACAAUGUUUGGGUUUUUUUAAAAAAGUUUCUUGAGCUGUAUGGUACUGUUUCAUUUACUGAAGUAUCUUUAAGCAAUGGAGUUUGCAGCUUUGCUGUUAGAAUAAGAGAUUGAAUGUGUAGUUAUAUUUCCUCUUUGCUGUUGUGUGAGCUAGUCAUAUGGAUAAGGUAUUUCUCCUGUCUGUAACAUUAGCCGGCGCCCUGGUUAGUAUCUGAGUAGCUUUCAUGAGAUGUGUAUGGGACUUGUUCAAGGACAGCUUAAGGUUUGAACUGUACAGCUUGAGUCAUAGAAGGUACCAAGCAACGAGAUUCUAGAGAUGCAGGAAGUGUUUUGGUUUUUCAGCAUCUGGCACAAUUGCAAGUUGUGCGUGGAUCACAGAAGAAGCUCUUAAGGUUGCUGGUCUCUUCGAUUAAAGUGAGAGGAAGGAAAAAGAACUUACCAAGCAGCAUGCUGUUUCAGUUGAGUCCAGAAUUUUUUGUAAACACUAAUGUAUUAAGUUUGCUAUAAAUUAAACUAUAUAACAGUUAUAUUUUUGAGUUGUAAAUACAGUACUUUGUGUCACAACCAAUUGGUUAUCUCCAGAAUGAUAUUUCAGUUUAUAGUCCAAUGGGCCAUUUCAGUCUCACUAAGCUGGAAGCAAUGUUUUUUUACUGAUUUGCAGCUAUAUGAUUUUAUUUUUUUUAACCUGGGGUGGGGGUGGGAAGUACAUUCUGAGAUUGCACAUACGUUUGGUAAUAGCAAAUAUUCAAGCAUUGGUCUUUCAAUGACAAAGGUCUUGGCGGACUGCAACUUGGGUAGCCUCUGGAGUCACAGGCGAAGGCUUGCCCUCAUCUGCUCUUGGAGGGCUGCUAGAUUCAGGGUGCUCUGGAUCAAAGGCCAGCCCUGCAAAUGAUACCUGCUCUUAUUCACAUGUUUAUAUUGUUGCUUACAAAAUAAAAUUCACCAUGAGAACUCUU